UCAAUGGCCGGCAUUUCCUUUGGGUCGUGAUUGCAUGUACAAGGUUCCAAAGCUGGGGGAUAGGCAGCAGAUCAGUGGUGGAUCACCCCAGUUUCCUCUCUCUCUCCCUUCCUUCCUUCCUUCGUCUUCGUCCUCGAUAUAGCCCGCAAGCAAAGCGACCCAUCAUGAGCUGCUCCCAAGAAUAGCGGGACGAUUCCAUGCAGAUUCCCGGUUCCCACCAGCUCACAUCCGACAGGCGCCUCCCUCCUCCUCCUCCUUGUUCUUCACGACAUCUCUGUUGGUUCGUGAUAUUCGGAUCGCUUGUUCAUCUCCGGCUUUGAGGAAACGGGAGAUGGGUCGCUGUCUUCUUGCUUCUUGAGCGGCCUCGUCCGGGGCUUUUCGGAUUGUUGGGUUUGAAUGAAAUCAUUGUGUUCUGGGGUAUUUGAUCCUAUCUUCCGAAAGGAGCUCGGCUUCGUUCAGAUUAUUGACCGGCGGGUCGGGUCGUUCGUCUUCGUCGUCAUUGUGCCGACUCAUUAGCUUAUGCUUGCGUUUUUUCUGUUUUCUUCUGAGUUUCAACUUGCUCCAGAAUUUGAAGCAUGUCUUUCAAAAAGUUACGGGCAAGUGGAGCAGAGAAAAGUCUGUCCUUCGAAGAGCAACAGACCAAGGUGUAGAGCUGAAACAUCUCUAUGUAUAUGCAGUGCAUCUGUCAAUGAAGUCCGAAAGAUUUUGGGGCCUCUCGCUGAUAAGCUUCCAACACUUUGUUUGGAUGCAUCAAUCGUAAGGUACCUCAAGGCGAGAAAUUGGAACACAAAGAAGGCAGCCAAGAUGCUGAAAGAAACAUUGAAAUGGAGACUGGUUUACAAGCCAGAAAAAAUUAGAUGGGAGGACAUUGCUGGUGAAGCUGAGACAGGUAAACUCUACAGAGCCAAUUACUUUGACAAGCAUGGAAGGACUGUUCUUGUCAUGAGACCGGGUUUUCAGAAUACAACCGCAACAGAAGGGCAGAUUAAGUAUUUGGUUUAUUGUAUGGAAAAUGCAAUUGCGAAUUCAAAUCCAGGUCAGGAACAAAUGGUGUGGCUAAUUGAUUUUCAAGGAUGGAACAUGUCAAGCAUAUCAGUGAAGGUGACUCGGGAGACGGCCCAUAUAUUGCAGGAUUAUUAUCCUGAGAGACUAGGCAUCGGAAUCCUCUAUAAUCCACCCAAAAUAUUUGAGUCCUUUUGGAAGAUGGUGAAACCAUUCCUUGAGACCAAGACAUUCAAGAAGGUCAAGUUUGUCUACUCAGACGAUCCCCAAAGCCAAAAGACAAUGGAAGAGCUAUUUGAUAUGGAUAAGCUGGACUCUGCAUUUGGGGGCAAAAACCUUGCUGCUUUCAGCUAUGAGACCUAUGCGCAACUGAUGAGAGAGGAUGACAACAAGAAAAUGUCUGAUUCCCUCUCUGAUUGUUCUCUACCAACCUAUCUAUCCCCAGCUGAGCCUGAAAUACCCCAGGAAGAUGCAUCCACUUCAGACCCUGAUUCUGAGGCCUUUGAAGAAGGAGGCUUUACACCAAGUCAUGAGAUGGCUUCUCUAAUUUUAGAGGAAGGUGCGAACAAAUCAGCAGUCUUGCCACCUGUCGGUAAUGAACCAGGACACAGUCAAUCAGAAGCGGCCAAAGAGGAGAUGCUGGGACUGUAGUGUGCCGCUCGCAUUCUCUCUGACACCCAAACGAGCCAGGUUUUGGAGAAGCAUGAUACUGAACUCCCCUGCAUUUGGAAGAUGUUGAAGAUUAGAAACCACCUCCUUUUGACAAGCACAUACCUUUUUCCUUGGCCUGGAAGUAACCCUAAAUAAGAAAUGAUGCUGACUAUGUGAUUCUGCUGUGCCUGUUUUUUUCAAGAUUGUGAUAUAGACAGUCAGCUCGUUCGUUGGUAAAAUAUCUGCCAUAACUUGGUCAGGGAAAAGAAUUUAGAUGGAAAAGUUCAGCUUAGCUCAAGUUUAUAGAGAUCGGGGACCUCGACACUUCUCACCAAAAAAAUUGAUUGAUUUGCUGCA